CCAGCCGCCACCAUGGCCGCCACCAGAGCCAAAGGCCAGGCCUCCAUCGGCUUCCCCAGGAAGAAGGCAGCGCGCACUGCGGGCAGGCCCAAGGCCCCCCAGGCCUCCUCUUCUUCCUCUUCCCCUGCCCCCCCCAUCACCAAUCCCGACGGCCCGAAAAGCCCCCCGCCAUUGCAGCCCCUCAGCCCCCGGAAGCGCCUGGGAGAUGACAACUUGUGCAACAUCCCCCAGUCGCUUCCUUGCUCUCCGCCGAAGCAGAGUAAGAAAGAGAACGGCCCUCCCCUCCCGGUCACGCCGAAGGGACGCCGUCUGGUGUUCGAGGACCAACCGGCCAGUCGGUCUCCCGGCCGAAGGGACCGAGCGGCGGCCCCCUCUCCGGGCCAGGUGAGGGCCCGGAAAGGCCAAGAGACCCCGAGGAAUUCGGAGCGCGGUCACCCGUCAGAGCGAGAAGUUGUGUGCGUCAGGCUGUUCAAGCAAGAAGGCAGUUGUUACCAGCAGGCCAAGCUGGCCCUGAACACGGCCGUCCCGGAUCGGCUGCCCGCCCGGGAGAAGGAGAUGGAGGUCAUCAGGCGCUUCCUCAAGGAGCACGUCUGUGGAAAGAGAGCCGGGAGUCUCUACGUGUCCGGUGCUCCUGGGACCGGCAAAACCGCCUGUCUCAGCCGGGUUUUGCAGGACCUCAAGGGGGAGCUGGGCGGCACCAAGGUCAUCGUGCUGAACUGCAUGUCGCUGAGGAGCUCCCAAGCCGUGUUCCCAACCAUCGCCCGCGAGCUCUUUCAAGAGGGAGCCUCCAGGCCAGCCGGCAGGGACGUGGUGAGGAAGCUGGAGAAGCAUAUGAUGGCAGCAGAGGCGGGCCACAUGAUACUUCUGGUUUUGGACGAGAUGGACCAGCUGGACAGCAAGGGGCAGGACGUGCUGUACACAUUGUUUGAGUGGCCCUGGCUCAGCGGCUCCCGACUCGUGCUCAUCGGCAUCGCCAACGCCCUGGACCUCACCGACCGGAUCCUCCCGAGACUCCAGGCCAGAGCCAAGUGCAGGCCGCAGCUACUGAACUUCCCGCCGUACACCAAGGACCAGCUGACCGCCAUCCUUCAGGAGCGACUGGGGCAGGUCCCCGGUGACCGGAUCCUGGACAACGCCGCGGUUCAGUUCUGCGCUCGGAAAGUCUCCGCCGUGUCCGGAGAUGCUCGCAAGGCGCUCGACGUUUGCAGGAGGGCUGUCGAAAUUGUGGAGUCGGAUGUCAGAAGCCAGACGCUCCUCAGACCGCUCUCUGAGCGUAAAUCGCCGGCGAAAGCAUCCCCGGGCCCUCUGGUCCCCAAGCGGGUGAGCCUCUGCGACGUGUCCCAGGUGAUCGCCGACGUCUACGGAGACAGGAUGGCCGCCGGCCAAACCGGAGCAGCCGAUCCCUUCCCUCUGCAGCAGAAGAUCCUGGUCUGCUCUCUGCUGCUCUUGACCAGGCAGCUAAAGGUCAAAGAGGUCACCCUGGGAAAGUUGUACGAAGCUUACAGCAAAGUCUGCAGGAAGCAGCGGGUGCCGGCCAUAGACCAGUCCGAGUGUCUGUGUCUCUCGGGGCUCUUGGAGGCUAGAGGCAUCUUCGCUUCGAAGAAAAACAAGGAAACGCGGCUCACGAAGGUGUCUCUGAAGAUCGAGGAGAAGGAUGUGGAGCACGCACUCCAGGACAAAGUCUUAAUCGGGAACAUCUUAGCUAGCGGAUUGCCUUAAGUCCUUCUUUGGUUCGGCCCCGCGGCUCCUCACGUGACUCCGCCGUCGGGACUUCCCACUUUCCAGCCUUAGGUCCGGCCUCGGCUCACCCCCUCCCCUCGGAGCAGAUUAAUUUAAAUCCAAAAGUGGGUUUUCCCGACGCUGGCUCACAACCCCCUGUUUGGGGCCUGCUUCUCGCGGUGACACCCUUCGAGAUGAAGUAGCGCGGGGAGACGGGGCCGGGGGAACGUCGCCGGCGGCGGCGGCAGAGGUGACCGCCUUGAAGGCCCGCGGGGACAGUAACGAAGGACCUUCCUGGCUCCAAAGCGGA